GGAUCCAGAGUCACAGCUAAAUAUAGCCCAUCCACAAGGGGACCGCCCAAGAGUCGUUUCAGCGGAGCAAUUGCAACGUUCCCCAGUCAUUUAACUACUCCGUACGCGGAGUGGAUUAGGUCAUCUGCGGGUGGUGAGGUAAGCCAUUUUGUUUGUGUACCUUCCCCAUCCAGAAGGGACGAUUGCGCGUUGAGUUGCCUGCCUCAGGCACUCACGGCAGUCUAGAACUUCCCUUCCCCAGUCCAAUGGCGUGACUCCAUCCGAGUCUCGCCUUCCCGCCCGGGCCUGACGUGCUCGGGCGUCACAUCGCCCCGGAGGGUGAAAGUGGUCACGGUAGCGAAUGGGCCGGAGGGAUGGAUGGACGCCUGGGGAUGCUCAAAAAGAGGCCAAGGCUAACCCGGGUCCCCAUCAUGCUUUCUUCACGUAGGUGGACCAGAGUUCUAGAAUUUCCGUUGCUCGAUUCGAUUCCCCAGCUCUGGAUAUAUCUAUCCGGCUGGUCGCUUGUUUCUGCCUGGGGGGGUCUUAUCGUAAGACGCAAACAGCCUCAGCUCGAUUUUUCAACUGCCACAACAGAACGACUUUCGGACUACCCGUGUAUUCUUAUAUGCCCACGCCGGCAUCGCUCUUUCAGUACCGCCCAUCUAUUCUCCGAGCGAUUUUUGGUUUCCAACCGGCUGCACGAUACUCUCAUCACCGCCACUUAAUAAUCCCGCAUAACACCACUCCGCCCUUUUUUGGCAUCAGGCCAAUUGCACGUGCGGUGUACCUUGGAGGAGACGGCCACCCUUGUUUAUAAAAGGGGGACACCAAAAAAUCAGAACAAAAGGGCCAUUUU